AGACCCACGCUAUAUAAACGCAAUGCACCAGCAUACCGGCCAGUUAUAUGCUGACUCUAUUCGCAGCCGUGCCCGGACUGUAACAAUACACUUAUAUUGCACAAGUGUAAAUCGUAAUCGUAUCUGUGACCUAAAGGAAUUCCUACCUUGCCACUAUCUACUAGGAUCAUUUAAUACUUGUCCCAAGUAUUUGUGUCAUCAUUUUUUCAAGGUAGUCAUCAAUUCAAAACUGACGUCGUGGCAUCGAAAGAUGUAUUAUCUUCAGAUAACGUUACUUUGGUUAUCAAUAACCAAUGUAAUAUGCGACUUACCACCGGGUACAAGGCGUAAUACUUAUUUACCGCCUGAAUCAACGAAAGGUUACUCAUAUGAGAAGCCACCGAUACCAUUUACAAAGACUCCAACCUUUCCUACCCGACCAACGCCAACAUUUCCGCCAACGAGAACAAAUCCACCCUUUAACACGAUACCGACGAGACCCAAUGUCCCUCCGACACCAAGUAGACCAUAUCCCAUUCCUGUAACAAAACCACCGGGAAAAUAUCCAACGAGACCUCCAAAUGGAUAUCCACCACCAGGACCAAGACCAACUCCAAUAUUUCCAGAACCGGGUAAUAAUGGGAAUACAGUAGGUCCUGGACACGAUCAUCAUCACCAUGAGCCCGGUAUGCCUUUCGAUUUUAACUAUGCAGUAAAAGAGGACGCCUUCGGGAAUGAUUAUUCUCACAAUGCCAUCAGCGACGGGGAUAUCGUACGUGGUGAAUAUCGCGUGCAACUUCCGGAUGGCAGAAUGCAAAUUGUACGAUACACGGCUGAUUGGAAACAUGGUUUUAGCGCACAGGUCUCUUACGAUGGAGCCUCGCGUAAUUUCAAUAGAGGCUAUUAAAUUUUAGCGUUUUAUAGAGAUUUCUACGAUUAUUCCAUUUUAACAUUGUUUCAAAAUAUUUGACAAAUAUCCGAAACUGGCACUGAGAGAGAUGGGGAGGGAGAGAGAGAGAGAGAGAGAGAGAAAGAGUAAUGUUUUUCGGUGAUCCGAAUUAAUCUUUCUUUCUUUUUAUUACCUUCUUUUUUUUUUCCUAAUUAAAAUACGAUCAUCUGUAAAUCGUUAUUGUAAGUCCAAAAGAAAUGUUCAGUUUUGUUAACUUAUUUCAACCUUUAUGCGGCUACAGUUCAUUUAAUUGCCCCCAAAGAUAAUACUCGAUUAUUCGUAAUUUAUAAAUGUUAUUAGGGCAUGAUAAUUUAUUUUAACAAUAUAUACGUAUAUGGUAUGCAUGUAACGCUAAUGUAUACAAAUUAAAUACGUAAUUUAAAAAAUGGAAAAUAUAUUGAGGGUUAGGUUAGAAGAUAUAAUAUGAUUUCAAAGUGACUUUAUAAUUAUAAGAUUAUAUAAAGAUUUGUAACUUUAACCUAUAUAAUGUUCUUGUUGAAAAUCAGAAUUUAUUACACUUUCUAC